UCGUCGUCUAUCCAAAGCGAAUUAUAUGUCGACAUCGGCGGAAUUGAUCAUGAGUAAAGAACAGUUAUACGAUAUGUUUCAAAAUAUUUUAUCAAUCAAAAAAUUCGAACAUCAAAUGAUCUUCAAUAGUGCACAGCUUGAUAAUAAUGAUGAACAAGCUGCAACCAUUCGUCGAGAAUUGGACGGUCGAAUGAAACAAGCUGAAUCAUUGCAGAGACAACGUGGUCUAAUGCCUAAGUUUGUACAUAAAGAAAUGGAAACCCUAUACAUUGAUGAAUUAAAGAAAAGCAUCAAUGAUUUAAUGAGUAAUUUGGAAAGUUUACCCGUACGUGGUGGAUCCGAACAAAAACCUUUACGAUCGAGACGUGGUGCUAGUCAUAGUCGGCAUGGCAGUAGUAGUUCGUCUGGUAUGCAUUCAUCGACCAAAUCGUU